UGCCAGUGACAGCUUCCCUACUAGAAAACUGGGAGAGCAUCUUUUAUCUGACGUCAUGCCAGCUGCAUCAGCUGCGAGCCUUUAGUUUGCAAAGAGCCCUUUUGCCGCCCGCUGCUGCUCUGACAACGGUAAUAUAUGAGAUUUUCCAUAAACCCUGAAAUGGCUACACAGGAGGUACAACCGAACGAGACUCUCACUAACCUAAAAGCGGAAUCCGAUUCGUUGAAAACGAAGCUGGAGGACGAAAGAGCGAAGCUGCACGAUGUCGAACGUGAGUGGUGCUGAGAAUGAGAGAGGAGACGGGAAGUGAACGGAGAAGGGAAGGCCGGGCGAAUUAAUACAUAUUCUGCCGUCCCGAAUAGGAUUGCAUGAACAAUGUAAAGCCGACCAUAUUAGAAUAUAUAUAUUAUAGGCAUAUAUUGUGAAUGUGUGAUAUUGCUAUUAUUAGGCCACAGUGCAUUGAAUCAGUAAUGUGAAGAAAAUGAAUUAUCUUUGCAUAAUUUGUAAAGGGUUAUUUGUAGCCACUUGUUCGCCCAUGUUUUAUUAUUUUUACUUGUCGGAUUUGUUCAGAUGACAAGAUGCAUAGAAUUGCUAUUUGUAUAUUUCCUUCUGCAAUUAGAUAUACAGGCUAGGCUGUGGUUGAAUUUUCUCCAGUAUUUGCCAUUUCUGUUGACACUCAAAAGCACAGUUUUAUUAUAACCUAGCCCAGAUGGCGAUUGUAGCAUUAUAAUAUAAUAAUAAUAUGCCAUUUAGCAGACGCUUUUAUCCAAAGCGAUGUACAGUCAUGUGUGCAUACAUUUUUACGUAUCGAACCCACUACCCUGGCGUUACAAGCGCCUUGCUCUACCAGCUGAGCUACAGAUAUCCUUGAUUUAUGCCUAGUUUGUCGACCUUGUUGAGAUCAGAGAGAUUCAUUUAACGUCUCUAACCGUUUACUUCACUUUCAUCCCCAACCGGUGGGAUGUAUUAAUGCCAGAACACAUUAAAGACCUUGCUCGUGGUAUUAUAACCACUGGCUAAUAUCGGAUUUUCGUCCCUAUAACAACAGUGCACUAACGUUAGCUAUUGCUAGGCCCCUAUAACUAACCACUCGAAUGUUAGAUUGAUCCCUACAACAGUGCCCUAAUGUCGGAUGCUGGUCCACAAAUACCAUAUUUUAACGUUGGAUCUAGGGACUCCCUACUACAGUACACUAACAUUGGAUCUUGUUCCCUACUCCCUAUAACUGUACACUAGCAUUGGAUCUCGGUCCCUACUCCCUAUAACUGUACACUAACAUUGGAUCUCGGUCCCUACUCCCUACAACUGUACACUAACAUUGGAUCUCGGUCCCUACUCCCUACAACAGUACACUAACAUUGGAUCUCGGUCCCUACUCCCUACAACAGUACACUAACAUUGGAUCUCGGUCCCUACUCCCUACAACAGUACACUAACAUUGGAUCUCGGUCCCUACUCCCUACAACAGUACACUAACAUUGGAUCUCGGUCCCUACUCCCUACAACUGUACACUAACAUUGGAUCUUGUUCCCUAAUCCCUACAACAGUACACUAACAUUGGAUCUCGGUCCCUACUCCCUACAACAGUACACUAACAUUGGAUCUCGGUCCCUACUCCCUACAACUGUACACUAGCAUUGGAUCUUGUUCCCUAAUCCCUACAACAGUACACUAACAUUGGAUCUCGGGUCCCUACUCCCUACAACAGUACACUAAUGUUGGAUCUUGGUCCCUACCAUAGUACAUCAGGUGGCGGAGAAGGUGGAUGGACUGGGCCAGUUUAUCAUGAAGACCCGGCGGACUCUGAAGGGACAUGGUAACAAAGUUCUCUGCAUGGACUGGUGUAAGGACAAGAGGAGGAUCGUCAGCUCAUCACAGGUGAGCGUUGGAUCAUCGGAACAUUUUCUGAAGUCCCUAAAAUAUGCAUUCAUGCGUUCGCCACUCCUGGCUGUCACUGUCCAUGGUCCUGAAAUGGAUUAUAAGCUUGUCAUUGGUGAAUUUGAGGUUUGAAAAGGUCUUAAAACAGAUGGGAUCAUGCAGUAGGCCUGAUAUACUGACGGUUGCUGUCCAUGGUGCAGAUUUUUUUUUUUUUUUUCAUUUUUUUUUUCAACUAAUAUGCACUGCUUUCAGUGGUUAUAAAAUUAGUGCCAAUAUUUUGUUGGAAAUGUAGGGAAUCUUACGCCUGUGUGCCACUUCUAAUGUUUUCCCCCGCUAACUUCUUUUCAGGAUGGAAAAGUGAUUGUAUGGGAUGCCUUCACCACUAACAAGGUAGGGAAUCUUUCUUCUCUGUCCAGAAAGGCUAUAGAGUUGACAAUUGGUUGGAAAAAAAUUGCAAGAAUUCUGUAGUUCUUUGAGCUGAUAUUGGGGGAAAAAAUGAGAACAUCGAGUGUGUCCCAAAUGGCACCCUAUUCCCUACAUAGUGCACUACUUUUGACCAGUGCCCUAUUGACCCUAGUCAAAAGUAGUGCACUAUAUUUGCAAUUAUUUGACCUUUGAAUCCCAUUGAAACCAAGGUCAUAUAGGUAAUAGGGUGUAAUUUGCCCAGCAGACGUCGGCUUUCAUAGCCAGUUUUAUUUUUGCCUUUCCAUUGAAGCAUGUCAACAUUGGGAACAGGAAGAGCCAAUAUUCCCUUGGCAGAUUUGAAUUCUGUUGUUGUUGUGGUUGCUUAGUUCUGUAAGCACAAAGUUUCCCCCCGCUGAGAUUGGUGAUAUCAAUGGUGUUGAGUCUCCCUCGUGGAUUUGAGAUUGAUUACAUUGCAGUUGAACUGUGCAGAAUCACCUUGCAUCCCAAAUAACUACUCAUUAUGUGAUCAAGAUCAGAGAUUCGGUGCCUCGUCGCCUUGCUGAAAUGGAUCCCCUCAAACACGCUGAUUGUUUUCUAGGAGCAUGCAGUGACCAUGAUGUCAUAUUGCUGAUUAUACCUUUAUAACAUGGUGUCUUCUAGGAGCAUGCAGUGACCGUGAUGUCAUAUUGCUGAUUGUACCUUUAUACCUUUAUAACACGGUGUCCUCUAGGAGCAUGCAGUGACCGUGAUGUCAUAUUGCUGAUUGUACCUUUAUACCUUUAUAACAUGGUGUCUUCUAGGAGCAUGCAGUGACCAUGCCGUGCACCUGGGUGAUGGCCUGUGCCUACGCCCCCUCUGGAUGUGCAGUGGCCUGUGGGUAAGUCCCCCAACUCCACCCAGACGCUCCGUUUCUCCACUGUGCUUCUGCUUGCCCUUUGGGGUCUAGGUCCGGUUACAGGAAAAACACUGUUACAAAUGUUGACGUUAAAAGCUUUGUAAAAUACAACUUGAUUGAUCGAUCGAUUGAUUGUAUUUCAGUGGUCUGGACAAUAAGUGCUCAGUGUACCCGCUGUCCUUGGACAAGAAUGAGAACCUGGCAGCGAAGAAGAAGUCUGUCGCCAUGCACACCAACUACUUAUCUGCCUGUAGCUUCACCAACUCAGACAUGCAGGUUAGAGAAGACACAUGAUUAUUUGUCGUACAUUUGUAUAUUUUGUUGUAGUCUUUACCAAGGUUUUGUAUUUGCUCCUUUCUAUAACUCAUUGAAUUACUUGAUUACUGCUAAAUCAGUUUACUUUCCAAUGGCAGAUGAGCAAUGGGAAAUCACAGCCUGUCAUACUAUACAGUCCAUUACUCUAUGUCCGACCUGGAAAGAACUUUCAUUCUUGUUUAAUAAUUCACAACAGUCAAAUGAUCUCCAUUGGAUGUAGUUAGUCACAUGCUUUAGCCUCGGCCAAGACUCUUCUAUUUAUGAGGCAGUGUCAGAGAAUUCUGGGAGCCGGUUUCCCUGAUAUAUUCAAUAUAGAAUCUCCAGUGAAAAUUCCUUUUAGUCCUGAAAUGAGCCUAAUAUAGGUCUGGGAAACCAGUCCUGGAUGUACAUUAUUCUGGGAAACCAGUCCUGGAUGUACAUUAUUCUGGGAAACCAGUCCUGGAUGUACAUUAUUCUGGGAAACCAGUCCUGGAUGUACAUUAUGGGGUGAAUCCUAACCUUCAGUCUAAUUGUCACUUACUCUCACAUUGGCAUUCAAUGGAUGACUGAGUGGAAGUUAGUGUUCUGUUGUGAUCCCAAGGUGCAGUUUGUGACGAACCCCUUCUGUUCCAGAUCCUGACGUCGAGCGGAGACGGAACCUGUGCAUUAUGGGAUGUGGAGAGUGGUCAGCUGUUGCAGAGUUUCCAUGGACACGCCGCCGAUGUUCUCUGUCUGGACCUGGCUCCUUCUGAGACAGGCAACACCUUCGUCUCUGGGGUGAGGGGAGGACUAGUAGUAUUUCACUUUGUUCCACAAUGGGAAAAUUGUGAGAAAAAAAAAAAAACAGCAUGACUGCUCCUCUAAACCUUUUCUGUCCUCUUUUCCCUUAAAAAAAAAUAAAAACGUUCGUUUUCGUAAUAAAAAAAAAAAAAAUUGUUAUUCCAAGAGAUAGAUUUGAAAUGAUAAGGGGAAACAGAUGAAAGGGCACCAUAGUGGCGGGCUUGAGAUUUGAACCCCGACCUCUAGGGACAUAAAGAUACUGUGUUUCAUUUGACAUUCAUGUGACAUAUUAUAAAUUAAAUAAAUUAAAUAAAUAAAUUAAUUAAUUAUAUUCUCAACCUUUAUUUAACACUGAAACGCCCUUGAGGUUAAACCCUCUUUUGCAAGGGCGACCUGACAAAAGGUCGGCAUUAAUGGGUGAACCCAGAAUCCUCUUCUCUGUGUGUGUAACGCAGGGCUGUGACAAGAAGGCCAACGUAUGGGACAUGCGCUCAGGCCAGUGCAUCCAGUCCUUCGAAACCCACGAAUCAGACAUCAACAGCGUCAGGUGAGGUCACGAGAUAUGAGUUUGUUCAAAGCGACUUAUAGCACUGUCAACACUGACAAUGACAUGUAUUAAUGUUCAGUAUGAGUACUCUACUUUCCCCUUUGCAUGGUUUCUUAUAUAACCUGGCGUUUCUCUCCUUACCAUCAGGUACUACCCCAGUGGAGAUGCAUUUGCUUCAGGCUCCGAUGAUGCUACAGUGAGUUACCGUCCAUAUAAUCUACUGCUUGAUCACGUUGCCUUUCAAUGUCAAAGUUAAUGAAGUCAUUUCUUUGUAAAAAAACAACAAAACAUUGAUUGUUUCAGUGUCGUCUCUAUGACCUGAGGGCAGACAGAGAAGUGGCCAUUUAUUCCAAAGAGAGCAUCAUAUUUGGUGCCUCCAGUGUUGACUUCUCUCUCAGUGGUAAGACACAAGGCCCUUAGGGGUCGAUUCAGUCCGCGGCGAAUAGAUCCCUUAUUCUACUGUUCUAAUGAUUGUACUCUUUAGUGAUCAAUUUCACUAACUAAACCCAGAAUGAUUUGUGCUAAAUUAAAUUAAUGUUAUUUUCUGUUGAAUAUGAACAGCUUACUUUCACAUUAACCUUCUCAUCAGAGAUGAUGUGUUGCGUUUAUAUUGUUGAAAGAGGACAUGUAUUUUCUUCUUCAGGCCGGCUACUGUUCGGUGGCUACAACGACUACACCAUCAACGUGUGGGAUGUCUUGAAGGGGACGAGGGUGUCCAUCCUGUUUGGACAUGAAAACCGUGUCAGCACUCUGCGU